AUGGUGAGUUCUGCACAAGAACUUCGAGAUGGCGACCGCCGCGCACGGGAGUUGUACCACUAUUUUCAACCCGACAAUCCAGCACUUCUUCCGUCUGAAAAGUCGACCGGAAGAUGCAUCGAUACGUCGAAGUCUCCGGCCAAAGCCAGUCCAAAUCUUGUGUUGACGGCCCUCGCUCAACUGGCGGCAAUGAGGCUAGGUGUUCAGCGGGCGAUCAUUAGCUUGAUCGAUCGAGAAACGCUUUACGUUGUAGCCGAGGCUUCAAAAUCGCUCAAUUUGGACAAGAAUGGACUAUAUGACGAGGAUGGCGACGGUCUCUGGAUGGGCUGCUCGCGCGGCCCUGUUUCGGGGACUCUGUGCGAGAAAACCAUUACCUUACGGUCCUCUAGCGAACAAAGAUACCCAUUUUUUAUCGUGGACGAUUUGAAACGCCACCCGGACUACUGCAAUAUCCCUUGUGUUGCCGAAGCUCCCCACUUCCGGUAUUAUGCAGGCACGCCCUUGAUAACGAGCAACGGAAUCACCAUUGGGAGUUUAUAUGUGAUCGAUCCUCGACCGAACAUUUCUUUGACAGAGUCUCACAGAGAAACCCUCGGGACAAUAGCGAAUGCCGUUAUGGAAUACAUGGAAACGGCGCGUCAAUCGCUAGAAGCGGAUCGCUUGGCCAAAGUGCUUUCAGGACUCAAUUCCUUUGUGCAAGGUGCAGUCACUUCUGAUACCUCGAAGAAAACAACAUACCAGAGUGCCGACCGUUGGGAUCAGGACCUGUCCCGUACACAGAGCCCUUAUCAGACUCCUUCUUCCACCAUUGAGAACGAUUCAGACUCGUAUUUCAAAGAUACUGGAAUCAUUCACCCAAGGCAUUCAGCAAGUCAAACAAAUAGUGCGGAUGAUUCAGAUGGCCUAUAUGCCGGUGCUCCUCGUUUUACCCGCCCUCCUCGCCCUCCUCGCUCUCCCCGUUCUCGUUCUUCUCGCUCUCCCCGACACUCUCCUUCUUCGCCUCCUUCCCAUUCUUUAGAUCGCGAGCCAUUGAGCAAAGGAGCCCCCAAACUGCCAUCGAGUCCCGGUAGCGUUGGGAUGAGUCAGACGUUUCAGCGCGCCGCCGACACCAUUCGGAAAAGCCUGAAUCUGGGUCAAGAUGGAGGCGUUGUCAUCUUCGGCAACAACGCUCGCGUAGAGCUUCAGUCUACACUUGAUAUGGACCAAGACCCAGAGUCAAAGCGGAAACUUGCUACAAUAUGGGCCAUGUCGGAUACAGAAGCUCUUCCUGAUCGCAUCAAUGGGGUGUUUCAACCUCACCCGGCUGCACAGAUGGAUCUGCAUUUCGCUCGCCGGUUCUUGCGGCGUUACCGGCGUGGUGGACUCUGGCACUUUCACCAAGAUGGAACAGCCUUCUCUUCUGAUGAAGACUGCGCCAGCUCCGGGACUCAACCCGAUUCCUCUGAUCUAUCUUCGGCACCACUCACGAUGAACCCGCAGUCAUUCGGUGCAUUGCGUGAGAAAGACCAGCAGGCACUGAAGAAAUACUUCCCCAAUGCAAAGAGAAUAAUGUUCGUCCCCCUUUGGGACUCGUUCAAUUCUAGGUGGUUCGGAGGCUGUUUCAGUUGGAGCUGUCUCGAGACCCGCGUUUUUAGCGCCCAUGUUGAGCUCGGUGGAUUUUUUGGGUUUGGGUCUUCUCUGAUGGUUGAAUACAGUCGCAUCCAGAGUCAGGAGUCGGACAAGAAAAAGGACGACUUCAUUAGUACCAUAUCACACGAAUUGCGCAGUCCGCUGCAUGGUAUUCUAGCAGCCAACGAAUUUCUUGCCGAGUAUGUCGAAUCAGAGUUCGCUAAGAGACUGCUUGACACGAUCCGUGCUUGUGGUCAAACUCUGCUGGAUACUUUUGAGCAGAUUCUAGAUUUCGCCAAAAUCAACUCCUUCGCAAGUAAACGACAGCGCCUCGGAUCAAGCUCCCCGUCUGCUCGCACUCGCCAAGGUGCAGAAAAUGGCGCUUCUCCAGCACAGCCGCUACGAAUUCUCAAGUCAGUCGAUGUUGUCGCAAUCAUCGAAGAUGUCAUCGAAAGUGUCUACUCAGGUCGCAUUUUGUCAGGUGCAGUACCUGCAGGCAAUAGUGCACUUAAGUGGUCUUUGGAUGGCACAGAAGGCAGUCAUGGAACCACAGAAUCUACAGAUGUUGGACGAAUCGACGUUUUCAUCGAUGCUGCACCCCGGGACUGGGAGUUCCUCCUGGAACCAGGGGCGUUGCGACGUGUCGUCAUGAACGUCUUUGGAAAUGCGCUGAAGUACACUCAAAAGGGAUCAAUUUCUGUUCGCCUAGAAGUCAUCCACGCUAAAGGAAGCGGUAGCCCGUCCGAAGGCGUUGGUUCUCCAGUACUUCUUCUAACAGUCUCUGAUACCGGUAAAGGCAUCUCAAGUCAAUAUCUUCGAUCCGAUAUUUUCACACCAUUUUCCCAAGAAGAUGUCUUAUCGCCAGGUACAGGGCUGGGCCUUUCACUUGUUCGCGACAUCCUCCGGUCGCUGAAUGGCGAUAUCACAAUCGAAAGUCAGGUUGGGGUGGGCACUACUGUAAAGAUGAAAUUUCCAUUGGGGCAACCUGAAGAACCGAAAGUUCCUGAAUUACCUCCCUCAGUUGUGGACUCAGUUCCUGCUGCGUCGAAUCUCAUCGGGCUAGUGAAGGCAGGGCUUACUGGAAAGGCCUUGCGUUUCGCUACUGCCCGAGAUCAACCAUCCAACAUUCCCACUUCGAACAAUAUGAUCAAAAAUUAUCUGACAGAUUGGUUCGGAAUGAAGAUUCAAAAAACUUCGGAAUCUACUGCAUUUGUCGACUUGCUGGUUGUCGAUGAGUGUGACUUGGAUCUUACCGAAAAUUUCCACCAUGAAACGUCAUUUUUGAUUCUAUGCCAUCGAAGACCUUCGUGGUCAACCAUGGAAUCGACCAAGCGACCUCCAAACACCGUCUGGCUUACACUUCCCUGUGGCCCUCAUCAACUCGCUCGAACCCUAAUGGGAUCUGUCAAGUGUAUGAGGUCAAGUCAACCAAUUCAGCUCGACGAGCCAUCGCCUCUUGGAUUCACAGAAAACCUUUCUGAGCUUAACAAUCUCUUGAAGAGUCACACCUUGUCCGAUCAGCAAAACAUGGGACCCGUUUUGGCGUCAGAUGCCUCACACUUCAAUCCAGCACCCAACACCACGACCAUACAUAAUCGGCUUGUUCCAAAAGCCAACCCAUCUUCGUAUAGUUUAACAGCUAAUAAAGCUGGCGACAUUUCCGACAAGGCAUCGCCGACUGAGUCCGGAGCUGGCAUCCGGAUUCUUUUAGUAGAAGAUAACGCAAUCAACCUCGCUCUUCUCGAAAAAUAUCUUACUCGAACAAAGCAUGAGAUCCUACACACAGCUGUCAACGGGCAAGAAGCUAUCAAGGCAGUACAGACGAUGACCGCGGAUUAUAAUUACAUAUUCAUGGUGGACGGCUUCGAGGCGACUCGGUCAAUUCGAUCAAUCGAACGGGCACGACAAACAAAAUCGCCAGCUAAAAUCAUUGCACUCACUGGCUUGGGAUCCGACGAACAUAUCAUGAAAGCAUAUGCAGCUGGCGUCGACGUCUUUCUCACGAAACCUAUAUCCUUCAAAGACAUUCUGAGGUUAUUAGAUGAACAGAAGGGUAUCUUACCUGGGCAUCAACAAUGA